AUGCCUGCCGACAACGGUGGGCGAUCGGCCGUGAGGGUAUGGGAGCACAGGCUCGUGGAGGCCCCAGGAUAUGCCGUUUCUUACCGUACCGAUAGAAAACGGAGCGCCUCCGGCCUAGACCAGCAGGGGUCGUCUCCCAGGCUCGACUCUCAAGGUUCCCCCGACGGCGGCGUCAAGCAGCAGCAUGGGAAAGGGGCAGGCAGCCCGAUUGUGGAGGACGCCAGCCAGCCUCCCCUCCCAUGCUCGCGAUCUCGUCAGACUUCCGCUGCCUGCCUUGCUUCCCGCGCUUCCUUGAGGGUGAUGGCUCUGCUCCCGAGCAAGCCUGGCCAGCGCAGCAAUCGAGCCAGGAGGCCUGGCGGUGUGGACAGGCAAGCCGGCCCCCGGCGGCGGAAACACACGAGAUGGCUUUUGCCGGCGAUCCGAGGCAUCGCACGGCUCGACAAGGAGCGAUCUGAGGAGGACUUUGUCGUUGCUUUGAAAUGGACCUCUAACCGAGCUCUCGAAACUCAACGGCCAUGCAUAAGCGUGGUUCUGGCAAGACCGUCUCGCGCCAUGAUUUGCUGCCCGGCGCGUUUUCUGCUGGCGGCGCUGUCGCCAUGGCCCUCCGGCCGUGCAAACCAUGUCCUUAGCAGAGCGGCAGUGCCAGGACUGCCCUGCUUCCCGCUCAUUCCUAACUGGCGGGUCGUCAGCGGUCCAGGACACGUAUCGCUCGAGAUGGCUUCGCAAACAUGGCACAGGCGACCAGGCGAGAUGCUGUGCCAGAUAGAGCGAAGACUCCUAAUUACCUCAGGCAACACGGCUGUGCAACCUCGCGUGGGACCUUGGAGGCCGCGAGAGGUUUCGAGCGCAGCAUCAGAAGCGAUCCUCUGCAGCAACGCGUUGGCCAAUCAGCACGCGUAUGGCACCAUCCGAAGAGCAUCGCUCACAGACUUGCAUCAGUCACCGGAAAAGGCACCUUUGCGCCGUCUCUCCGCCCGUAUCGCUCCGCUCUACACGAAUCGCGCCCACAAAGCGGCUGACGUGGCACGCGAACUCGUCUGGCUGCGGUAUGCGCAGCUUGGAAGAUGGAGGCCUGACGGCAUGGCGAUCGACGCGCGACGUGCUGGACCGUUGUCACUCUCCGCAUCUCCGCCCUGGUCCCGUGACUUGCGCGUGAUUGUAGCGGGGAUUGAGGUGAAGGAGGCCCAAGCCAAGCCAGCAGCCCUUUUCCGCCCGAUGAACGCCUUAGUUUUCGGCAAUUGUCGCUGGCGCCGGGACGAUUUCCAUGGUUUAAGGAAACGGUGCGCGGAGCGAUUUCAACGAAAAGCCACUCAUCAGCCCGCGACGCCUUGCAGCGCUUAG